CCUGACAGUUGACAGCUGAUCCCGCGGUAUGCCUUUUUGAUUUUCAAUAUACAACAAAAACCCGCGUGUUCAACCAACAAAAAUAACCGAUCAUUUCUAUAUUUUCACCAAAAAAAAAAAUAACCGGUCAACGGAUAAUUGAUUAAAAAUGUGAUAUCGAUUGAAUAAUUGAAUAAGUGAAGCCAGUGACAGUGAGAACAAGUGGAGGGUUAAUUUUGGUCCAGUGUUGUGGAUUACCUAUGCAAGGGGGUUGAUAACAACCAACAAUGGUUGCCAAGCAUUUCACCCAGGGCUCCAGUCCAGAGUCCGGAGUGCCGGACAUGACUGUCAUCAGUGAUAUCGAUGAAAUAGGCAUCAACCGGAAUCUGCAAGUUCGAUAUGGACGAGAUCAGAUAUACACGUACACUGGAUCAAUUCUGGUGGCGGUCAAUCCGUACAAAGAAGUCGAUGUCUACACAAUGGAACACGUCCACAGAUAUCACGGCCAGAAGAUGGGUUCCUUGGAGCCCCACGUGUUCGCCCUUGCAGAAGCUGCUUAUCGGUCUCUUCAGGACACAGAGAGCAAUCAGUCGUGUGUAAUAUCUGGUGAGAGUGGGGCUGGUAAAACCGAAACGACAAAGUUCAUACUCCAGUACUUGUGCUCAGUGACGAGUAACGUUGACACAUGGGUGGAACAACAGAUUCUGGAAGCCAAUACGAUCCUGGAAGCCUUUGGCAAUGCCAAGACAGUGCGCAACGACAACUCAUCGCGUUUUGGUAAAUUCAUGCAGGUCUGCUUCGACUCGAAGUGGAUGAUAAAAGGAUGUAUAAUACAGGAUUAUCUCCUGGAGCAAUCGAGGAUAACAUUUCAGAGUCCAGGUGAACGGAAUUAUCACGUGUUUUAUCAACUUGUUGAAGGUGGCACACAGGAUGGUGAAUUUGCUGAUCAGUAUCACCUGCUGCCAGCGUCAAAAUACAAGUAUCUCAAUCAAUCUGGUUGUAUUAAAAUCGAAGCAAUCUCAGAGAGCAAGAAGCUUGAUGCUCUUCGUCUAGCUUUCAAUGUGCUCCAGGUGCCGUCGGAGAUGUGCGAGGGUAUCUACCGAGUGCUGUCAGCUAUCCUGUGGCUUGGCAAUCUCAACUUUCAGGAUGUCGAUGGUGAGAGAUGUGAGCUGACGAAGGAAGACAUAGAAAUUGUCGACACAGUGGCACCUCUCCUGGGUCUCCAGCCCGAUGAUCUCACCAAAGUCGUUUUAGUCAGGCAGAUCAAUGUCCGGGGAAAUAUCACUGAGAUUCCCCUGAAGGUGCAGGAGGCAAGGGAGAAUCGUCACGCCAUGGCCAAGGCACUCUACUCCAGGACCUUUGCUUGGCUCAUCAAUCACAUCAACAAUUGCACAAAUCCUGGACAGGACUCCUCGAGGUUCCUCGGUGUUCUUGAUAUAUUUGGCUUUGAGAAUUUUGCUGUUAACAGCUUUGAACAGCUCUGCAUCAACUACACAAACGAAAAACUCCACAAGUUCUUCAAUCAUUACGUCUUCGCAAUCGAGCAAGAGCUCUACAAGCAAGAGGAGAUCCAGUACUCUCACAUAACAUUCACGGAUAAUACACUCUGUUUGGAGUUGAUUGAGAAGCCACCGCGGUGUGUUCUCAAGCUGCUCACCGAGCAGUGUCACAUGCCAAAGGGUUCAGACACAGCAUAUCUGACAAAUUUGCAUUCAGAGUUCGAGGGACAUCCGUGUUACGUCAAGGGUGACGACAGGAGAAAAUGGGAGAAAGAAUUUAGCCUGAAGCAUUACGCUGGCGCUGUGACGUACACGGUUGAAGGAUUUGUUGAUAAAAAUCGUGAUGUCCAGCAGGAUGUGUUUUUCGAUUUCAUGAGCAGAAGUACUAAUGAAUUUGUCCAGGAGAUAACGGUUUAUCAGGAUCUUCUUGGAUGUACUGUGGCUAGAGCAGCUGGAAGUACCACUACAAUGUCCAGGGGUACAACCAAGGGUAAGCCAACCCUCUGUGAUUCCUUCAGGCAUCAGCUUCAGGCACUCGUCGAUGUUCUCCAAGGGACAACACCGUGGUAUGCCAGGUGUAUCAAACCCAAUAUCAAUAAGAGUGCUGAUCAUUACGAUGAGAGACUUGUUCUGGAUCAACUGAGAUACCUGGGAAUGCUCGAUAUCAUCAGGAUCAGGAAGGAGGGAUUUCCCAUUCAUCUGCAGUUCUCGGAUUUUGUCUCUAGGUACAGGUGUCUCGUCAAGGGUAGAACAAUGCUGCCGAAGGACGACAGAGAGGCCACCAGGUGUUUGAUAAAGAGCCAGGGAAUUCCAGAGACUGAGUGGCAAGUUGGAAGGACCAAGGUAUUCCUCAGGAGUUACGUUCACGAGCCACUUGAGGAUUCCAGAAAUAAACUCGUCACCAGCAAUGCCAUUGUCAUUCAAAAAAUCUGGAGAGCGUAUGUCGUGAGAAAAGAUUAUCGACGGAUUCGAGAUGCUGCACUCAAAGUUCAGCACGCAUACCGCGGCUGGAAGCUUCGCAUUAUGUUUAUCAGAAAGCGUCGUGCUGCUAUUGUAAUUCAGUCACAUCUUCGUGGUGUAUUUGCACGAGAGGUUGCAGCUGCACUACGUGAAAUGCGACGGGUCGACGAGGAGAUGAGAAAACGAGAGAGAAUGGAGGAGGAGAGGCGACUCAUGGAGGACAAGAAGGCACUCGAGGACAGUCAGAGCUCUCAGUACAAUGGUAUUGUUGGAAUGGAGCCUGGAAAAGCCCAAGAGGAGAUUGCAGCUCUUUCUCAAAUGGCGGAGCAAUUAAACUCAAAAAUGGCAACAACGGAACUCCAAUCCGUGGAUCUGGACAAUCUCUUCUCGUUCCUGUCUGACGUGCAGUCGACAAAAGCCCAGACAAUCGAGGAGCUCGGUGAGCAGAUGGAGGAGCUCGUGGAGGACUUGGACGCCGAGCUGGAGAGUGUAAUCCAGCUGGAGAUGGAGAUGAUAGCAAAAUCAGAUUCAAAAAUGUCAAAUUUGAAUUCACCAGAUGCCCCUAGGGCGUGCAAUGGCACAAAAAUGGGUCCACCUAGUCUACCAGAACCCACAGGACCACCACCACCACCUCCACCCCCUCCAUUACCAUCAAAUGGCGAGACAAUGGACCCGAACGAGCCGAUUUACGAGUCAGUGUUGCCAAGAGAUGAGAACGACACGAAUGUACCCAUUAGAAUAAACGGACACUCAACUCAGACAAAUGGUGACAGUUGUCCAUCACCUCCACCAGUGCCAGUGACAAAGAUAAUUAAGGAUCCACCAUCACGUCCAGAGUCGAGAAAUUCCUCGAGUCAUUACCUAGUGCACCAGACCAACGGAGGACUCCAUCAGAUAUCUAAUGGUCACGAUGUGAGUCUUGGUGGUGCAAUUGGAAGUGGAGUUACAGGUGGAACUGUCAAUGGACAGCAGGUAAUUGGAAUUCAAGGUCAAUUGCCAGUGCAGAUGCAGCAGAGCACCCAGGGAAUGCAAAAUGGUGGUCAGGGACAGCCGGAGAGAGAGCAGCGGAGAAAAUUCAGAGUUGAGAGAAAACUCCAGGAGUUGGAGGAGAAAAAAGAGCCUGUGGAAAAUGAAGUAUUGUACCACGAUAUUGUGGAGUUUGCUCAAAACUACUUCAACAGCCACGAGAGAUCCCCAGAGGGUACAAUAAUGGCGACACUGACUCGUAAAUCCCGUGGAAAAAGUAUAGAAUUUAUUCCUAAAUACGAGAUGGUGACGUACUACAAGGGCUCGACCAUUCCCAAUUCCCACAUUCACAUGUACGAUCCUGACAACGUCAAUCUCGCGUGCUCGACAUUCCGCGAUCUCUGCAAGUAUCUGCGAGGUGAGAUGAAGCUGGAGCAGGAGAUAACGACGAUUCAAUCAAUAAUAAGUCAUGGAAUUGAACGUGAGGAGAUGAGAGAUGAGAUUCUUGUGCAGUGCAUGAGACAAUCAACGAAUAAUCCAAAUCCAGAGUGGGCAGAGAGGGUCUGGCUGCUGCUGUGUUUGGCAAUCGUUGCCUUUCAGCCAUCAAAACUCCUGUACAAGUAUUUUGUCUCGUUUCUCCGUAAAAAUCUUGCCCACGAGGGUAAACUGAGACAAUACGUCCAGUGGUGUGUCGACAACUGCAAAAAUACCAAAGUCUCGUGUCGACAGUUUCCACCAUCAACAGUGGAGAUCGCAGCGAUGAGACGAUUGGGAACAAUUGUCUGCAGAUUUUUCUUCCUCGAUGGUAGAACAAAAGCGAUCGAUGUCCAUCCAACGGACACAGCAGCUGAUGCGGCAGCUAAACUUGCUGAAAAAUUGGGACUGAGAUCGCUGGAGGGCUGGGCAAUCUAUCAGAGUCGUCCAGAUGGUGAGGAGCACGUACGAGCUCAUGAUUAUCUCUACGAUGUGAUUGCAGCCUGGGAAAUGAAGCAGUGCAAACUCAAUACCUCGACCUCGUCAUUCUCGACCCUUCGGCGAGGCUCCAAUCAGACUCUGGGGAGCGGUGACAAUCGAUUUGUAUUCAAACGUCGUCUCUUUCGAAAUAAUCGUGAACUCUCUCAAGACCCUGUGGAAGUCAACAUGCUGUAUUCACAGGCUGUUUACAAUGUCGUCAAGUGCGAUGAUUUUCCAGUGUCUGAAAAAGUGGCACUUCAAUUGGCUGGUCUUCAGGCUCAGGUAUCCCUUGGAGAUCCCAAGGACAAUGACAGACUUGAUUAUUACAGUGAAGUCGACAGCUUUCUGCCUUAUCGAAUUAGUAGAGCUCGUGGGGAUGAUGUCUGGGUGCCAAUAAUAGCACAGGCUCACAAGCAAUAUGGAUGUGGUAGAUCUGAACUCACAGCUAAAGUUCUUUAUCUGUCAUGCGUGAUGCAGUAUCCAUUGUAUGGUACCACGAUGUUCAAUGUCACAUAUCGUGGAUACUGGUCGUACGGUAAUCAAUUAAUUCUUGGUAUCAAUUGCGAUGGACUGAUGCUCAUCAAGCCCGAAGACAAAUUUGUACUCUCAGAGUAUCGGUAUCAAGACGUUGAAAGUAUCAUGCUGGAUCCCAGUGACUCCUUCAUCACAAUUUCUCUUCUCAGACACAAUCCUGACAGCUCCCACAAGUGUUUUGUCUUUGAGACACCACAGAAGAACGAAAUAGGGAGCUUAAUAGUGAGUUAUUGUCCAGCACUGGCUGGAUGGAUCACCGAGAACGAAGCACCAACGAAAAAAACAAAGUGCAUAACGAAUGAGGAUCGUGUUCGUCUGUAUCAUAAUUUAGUAAACUGCCGGAGAACUCUAGUGGAUUCGGAGGCAUUGAGAAAGCCUCAGGACUCUGGUGGUGGCUUCCUGAGGAAUACCCUACGUAGAUUAUCGAAACACAGAAUUGAAAAGCUGAGGCAGGAGCAUGGUAACAGUACAGAUGAUGGAGAAACUUAUAAAGGAUUUCCACAUGCCUAUUGGGCAUUCAGCAGAUGCUCUAUUCCCCAGAGUCUCACGAAGUUGCCAGACCCUGAGGAACAGAUUGCUCUCUCUGUCUUCCAGUUGUUGCUGACUUAUGCUGGAUUAGGGCAAAAUGGUGACACCGUACGAAGAGUUGAGGAUGAGCACGUGAAUUUAAUUCAAUCAGUGAUGGAGAGGUGUAUGAGAAAGGAGAAUCUCCUGGGGGAGUUGUACCUCCAGUUGAUCAAGCAGACGACUGAUCAUCCAGAUCCCAACAGCAGGGUGAACCUCAGGCACUGGGCACUGCUGUCAUUGGCCUGUUCUGUCAUUCUUCCACCGCAGAAAAUCAUCAGGAAGUACCUGAUUGCUCAUCUCAAGAGGUGUGCCAGUGAUUACGUCACUGAGGAGGGAAAAUACGCGAGAUUUGCUGAGAAAUGCCUGUACAAAACUCAGGGAACGAGGAGGAGGCAGUGGCCACCCAGCAGAGAAGAGAUCAUGUGCACGAUAAACAGAAGACCCAUUUACGCUAGGUUUCACUUCAUGGAUGGACAGUAUCACGCCGUUGAGUUUCAUCCAUCAGCAACAGCUAGAGAUGUCAUGGAGAUAAUCAAAGCCAAGAUUGGACUGGGUGAGUCUGCAAUGGGAUAUGCUAUCUAUGAGGUUCUUGGAUCCACUGACAGAGCUCUCAUGCCUGAGGAGAAGAUUGCUGAUGUCAUGUCCAAGUGGGAGAGAUACAGAAGUAGUCAGCAAUCAGCUCAGCCCCAGAGAAAGCAUGGCCAUCACUUGUUCCUAUUCAAGAAGCAUCUCUUCUUGGAUCACUACAUGAAUCUCACUGAUCCUGUUGAGAAGGAGUUGCUUUAUCAUCAAGUGCUGCAUGAUCUCAGGGCUGAUAAAUUUCCUAUUACUGAGAAGGAAGCUAUGAUGCUGGCUGCACUACAGGCACAGCUCGAGCUCGGGGACUGUUUGGAUACUGUUAAUGGACCUGAGUACAGAACUGUUGCCAGUCACUGCCUUCCACCAAGAAUUGCACCCAAUAUCAGUGUCGAGGGAAUUGUUCAGCAUCAUCAAUCACUCAGGGGCAUGACACCCAAUGAAGUGAAAAAGGCUUUCUUGAAUUUUAUUCAGUCCUGGCCACUUCACAGGGCCACUAUAUUCGAUGUCAUGCAGUCGUUCACUUCGAAUUGGCCUAGGGUUCUCUGGCUGGCUGUUGAUCAGAUUGGACUCCAUUUACUGGAGCACAGAUCUAGAAAUGCACUCUGUACUUAUGAGUACAGCAGCAUAUUGAGUUACAGUCCUGCAUUGAAUUGCCUUAUGAUUAUCACGGGAACUGAUAAAAAGCAGAGCAAAGUUAUUUUAACUACUUCGCAGGCUUGUCAAAUAGCAAAUUUGAUACGUGAAUAUACAGAAGUCCUCCAGAUACCACCAGAAGUACCAAAGAGAGAUUCAGGUAUGCCUCAACACAUGACCUCAAUUCAACCAAUAAACACUGCCACAGCCUCGAGUGGUCACAAAUCAAGACCAGCCUCAACUUUACACCGGGGAGCACCAGUAAUCCACUCGCAGGCUAGCUAAAACAAUUUUCCGAUACCAAAAUCAAUGGAGUAAUGAAUGGAUUUACCGAUGAGGCCUAUUGUAACGAUUAGCAUGAGAGGAAUUAAUCUAGUGCAUUCUUCUUCCAGUAUUUAUUGUAAGUAAUUAAAUAUAAUUUCAGUGCUGUCGAGAGACAUAACGUUAACUGCCAUGAAUUUUAGUAACUGCUACGAAAAUAUGGAACCAAAGCUGAAUUUAUUUCACUUCUUUUGUAAAUGCUUUAAUAUUAAUUGAUAAGAAUUUUGUAUUAAUCUCUCAUUACAUGUAUCAUAUCAAUCGAACAAGUGUGGAGAUAUUGAAAAUUUUGAGAUAUUAUUCCGAGUGGAAUGAUAAUGACGAUUUUAAAUUAGUGAUCAUUAUCUAAAAACGUUUACUGAUCUUCUUUCAUAUUUUCAUUGGAAUGUUCUUUUCAAUUAUUCAUUUCCAUAAUGUAUGAGGAAUAGAAAUAAUGUAUAUGCCAUUUUUUACAUCAUCUCUCUCCAACUGAAUAAUUCAACAAAUAGAUGUAAAUUCACCUCGAGUAAUAAAUUAAUUGUACAGCUUUCUGUACGUUGCUCCUAUAAGCAGCGAUGCAAUGUUAAUUAUCAUUAAUAAUUACGUAGAAUAACGAGGAAUAGCAAACGUAAUAAUUCAACUUCGUUGCCAUUUCAGGAAUAGUUAAUCAUUGAUAAAAUAAAAAUUAAUAAUUGUCUUUGCUAGGUUCGAAAUGAAUUUGUUAUUUAUUCGUGACAAUCCCCUGAAGAUAAGCAUAAGGAUUGAAGAAUAUUUAGCUUGAAUAGCGAUAGUAAUUAACUGAAUUGAUAUAAAUUAUAUUGAAUUGGAACUUAUUUAGGUUGUGAUGGAAUAGGUAAUGAAGAAGUGAAAUGUAACGAGUAAAAUUCCAUGUUUUUUUUAAAAUUAUUAUUCGGCGAUCACUGGGAACUUAUUGAUUUAAUUUGAGUAAUUACAUUUCACUACUUCAGUACUGAAACAAUAAUAGUAAUGCAAGGUUGUGUGAAACGCCUCGCGAUUGCGUCCAAGAGUAAAUUAUUGAAUGAAUUAUUACUUUAUGUUCACUGUCCAAAGAUUUACUGCUGGCUGGUUAUAACUUCCUUCCUUUGUGUAUAUAAUUAUUAUUCAUACUGAUGAUUCGAGUAUUUUUGAGGGAAAUAUAGUUCACCCCUGAUUUAUCGGAGUAAUUGAUGUAUUUGUAUAGUUUGAGUUCUUAUUGAUCUUUGAAUCAUUAAAAAUGGGGAGUGAUCUGCACUUUAGUUUAGUAAUUUCGCUUGUAUUAAUGAACAAUAAUAAUUAUUCAGUGAAACCUCUUCUCAUCGAGUUUUUAGGAAUUUGGAUAGUUGAAUUUUAAUAAAAUAAAAAUUGUUUCUCGUUAUUUUAAGAGUGUAGAGACAGAUAACAAUAAUUAUUGAAUGAAAUCUCUUCUAAUUUUUCGCUAAAUCUAUCAGAAUCUCAAGAUUGAUCCGAGCAAUAAUUUUGACAGUUAAAUAACAAUUAAAAUGAAUAUUAUUUGUCGUAAAUAAUGAGUGCAGAGGCUGACUGUGAUCCGGAUCGGGUGAUCUUAGUCUUCGAAUUAUUGUUUUUAAAAUGAAAUGAAUAAAUUUUUUCUGUGCAUAAGUUAGAUGGAAAUGUAAUUAACGGAUAAUUUAUAUUGAUUAAAUCGAAGGUAAAACAGGCGUCAAGACGAUAUGAGUUAUGCGCACGUCAUUACGUACGUAGCUUAGAAUUAUUAUAAAUAAUUGGUUGACAAUGUUAUUGAAUGAUAUAUGGGUGAAAGUUUUGGGAGAAAAUCAAGGGAAGGGCUGUAUAUAGAAUGUAUACAUUGCGCACUAGCGUAUGUGGAAUGGAAAUAAUUGAAUCGAGAGUUGAAUAUGUAAACCACGCACACAUGGGCACCAGCAAGACGCCUAUCUAUGAAUUAUAUUGAUAUACUCCAGU